UAAUAUAAUAUACACGUUAUACAAAAUUUAUUUCACACUUUUUCAUACUAUACAAAAAUAGGUAUCAGUAAUAAAUAAUAUAAUAUAAUAUACCUACCGUUUAUGCCAACAGACAACUAAUUAAGUUUAUUCCAUAAGGCAUAGAUGAUCCAUUUAUUAUCUAGGUUACAUAUUUCAGACAAUAAUUUGCUACAAUGAACCCAACAGUACAAUUGUCCAUAUUGAUGAUUUAUUUAUCUUUACUCUCAAUUGGGAGCUGUAUACGAUGGCAUAUGCAACCCAACAGUCGAAAAUGUCUCAGAGAAGAGCUCAGGGAAAAUGUAUUGGUCAAGGGUGAAUACGAAGUAACUCAGAUUGAUAAUCAGCAAGUAGAUUAUGUUAUUAAAGAUUCAAAAAAUCAUAUAUUGUCACAGAAAGAAGAUAUAAGUUUUGGAAAAUUUACUUUUAGUGUGGAGAAUUACGAUAUAUUUGAAAUAUGUUUUAUUUCAAAAGCUUCUAAUAAUAAUGGUGCUGUACAAGAAAUUUUCAUGGAUAUAAAAACAGGAGUAGAAGCUAAAAAUUAUGAAGGGGUUGCUGAAGCUUUUAAACUGAAACCUCUUGAGAUGGAUCUAAAACGACUUGAAGAUGUUUCAGAAGCCAUUGUGCUGGAAUUCAAGGAUAUGAAAAUGCGCGCUGAUGAAAUGCGAAACACAAAUGAGUCUACAAAAAACAGAGUAUUCUAUUUUAGUUUAUUUUGUAUGAUUUGUUUAAUUGUGUUAGCAAUUUGGCAAGUGUGUUAUUUAAGGCGUUACUUCAAAGCAAAAAAAUUGAUCGACUAAGAUUUGAAGACUUAAGAAGAAUAAACAUAAUAAUACAUUUGACUGUCAUAUAUACAUGAAUUAUAAUUUUUAAUAAAUUUAUCGGGUAGUUCACUAAUAGUAGUUAUACCAUACAUUGUAAAUAAUGAUUUCAGGAUUUUGAGUCAAUUCAUAGUUCUAUCCAAACCUCGUUAGUCGUUAAUCCUAAUCAAAUUUUAGUUUAAUAUUAAAUAUUAAUUUUUAUCAAUACUUUUUUUAAAACAAUUAUAUACUAGUAUUGUAAUUUAUGAAACUGUUUACUGAUAUAAACUAUAAAUAACUAAUAACUCUAAGUAUGGACAAUACCGAAUUUGGAUAUAACUAUGAAAUGGACCUAACUAGUCCCACCUAUUACAUUAAUGAGAUAAACCUAAUUAUUUAAGUAUCAUUGCAUUGUUAUAUCUAGUCUUUUCAUAUAAUAUUCAAGUAAAUUGACUGUUUUGGAUGUUAUCAUUUAAAUUGUUAAGUUAAUAAAAUAUUUCAUGUAUAUUAUAUUAUCAAUAAACUUGUACUAUCUUGUAAUGUUUAAACAAAAUACAUUUUUUUAUGAAACAAU